CAUCCCGUUCAAAUUGUGUUGAUAACUCGCUGGCGAGAGAACAGUGCAGUGGCUUUAUCGGCGCGGCAAAAUUGAUGGAUUUCUUUCUUAAUUUGCCAUAAAUUCGGGAUUAAAAUAAACUUAAAAAAAAAAUAAUUAAAAUUCUGAAAAAAACGAAAAUCUAAGAUUCAAAUCGAGAAUCGAUAAUAUCGAUCGUGAGAUAAUUGAUUUUUCAAACGUUGCUAUAUCGUGUGAGACAAAUAAGCACAAAGUGUAAAUCAAUUUAAAAGAAGUUAAAAAUGUCUACACGCAUGCGCAACACGUUAUCUAGUGACUUUGGCUUCAAAUUAACAUUGCUGCCGCCAGUUUGGCUAUUGCUGUUUGUGCAACUUGUGUUGCAAUUGGCCAAUGUAGUCGCUGCCAAAGAUUUGCCUGCUAAUUUCGAAAAAUGCAAACGUGAUGAAAAUUUCGAUAAAUGCCUUGUUGAUGCUGUGAACGGUGCGAUUCUGCUGCUCAAGGAUGGCAACAAAGAGUUUGGUAUACCACCGCUCGAGCCACUCACUGUGAAGUCGUUAGUAAUCGAUUCUGGUAAUGCGCCUAUUACGCUGAAGCAGACCUUGAAAAACUUACUCGUACACGACAUGAUCUCCACCAGCAAAGUGCAGCGCUACCGCACCGAUCUCAAUAAUCACCUAAUUAUUUGUGACAGUAAAACCGAUCGCAUUGAAAUGGUUGGCGAUUAUGAGAUGUCCGGCCGCAUAUUGCUGCUACCCAUAACUGGUAAUGGCAAAGCCAAUAUGACGCUGAUUAACACCCGCAUCGAACAUCGGCUCAUCGGUGAACCUUUCAUGCGCGAUGGCGUCAAAUAUAUGCGUCUCAAGGAGUAUCGCGUCGAUCUGAAUCCCAAGCGUGUCUAUAUGCAAUUCGAUAAUCUCUUCAACGAUCGUUUGUUAUCGCAGACAAUGAAUCGAUUCUUGAACGACAACUGGGAGACGGUUUUCAAUGAGCUGAAGAUUGGCUAUGAGCGUAGCUUUGGUAAAAUUUUCCGUGAUAUUUCGAAUAAGCUGUUUGAAGAGAUACCAUUCGAUUCGAUAUUUCUGAGUUCUUGAAUGCGCGGUGCGUAAAAGAGGGAAUUACAUGAAUGACUGCAGCUUGAGAAGUGGGCAUAGCCUGAGUAUUUUCUUUUAGUAUUUAAUAAAAAUUGUUAAGGCUUAUUAUUUAGUGUUGUGUAUGUAGGACUAUAUGUACAUAUAUUAGGGUGCUUUUCUUCGCGACAUUUAUCAAUUUUUCAUUCCCACCUAGAAAUUUUGUGGGAAAUACAUAUAAAAAAAUUCCUGAAAAUUUGAGCCCUAAAUAUUAAUAUAUAGAGCUCGACCAAGGCGUGGAAAGAUUUCCCGUUUAAAAUUAAUCUAAACUUCUUAAAAAUUCUACAGCUCAGAGGCAUUUUAUGGUAUAAUCUUGUUUGAUGAAAGGGUUUCUUCAGAAUUGAAUGCUCUACAAAAGUGUCCAUUGCGGCGUAAUCCUAACACGUGCCACUAAAGCCAAUUUUUUGGUGAAAUUCUCGUUUUUUGCCCCUAUCUGAUAAAUAACAAGAGCUACAGAAAAAAUGUAAAUAAGAAAGUGGUAGGAAAUUCAAUUUCGACAUUCCUUGAGAUAUUGGGAGCGAAAAAAAACUAUCGCGAAAAAAUCACCCUAAUGUAUAUGUAUGUGAGUUGAUUGAGUUAUUCUGGAAUUUAUUAUUUUUUAGUUUUGUAAAUAUCUAUGUAUAUGUAAGUUGAUUAACUUAGAACUUAGAAAUUGAAUUGGUAAGACAUUUAAAAAUAAAUUAAUAAAAAA